UUGUCUCAUAUGACAUGCUAGAGAGUUUCAUAAUAAGAUCUUUAAGAGCAUUGACUUGAGAUGCAAGAAAGAAAUUAUUCUGUUUAAUCAUCCGUUUUUCUUGGUCCGUUUUUGUUUCCCGUUAAAAUCUUCACUUAGGGAGGGGAGGAAUCUGUGCAUAGUGUAAGCUUUGAAGUAAAUGACUAUGACUUCUGACACAGAAGAAGAGAACAGCAGCGACAUAACCGCCCACAAUCCGGUGAUGGAAAACGUUGGAGGUGCGGUCGGGUCCAGCGUAAGGGAGAAUCCGGAGACGAGACAGAACGGCCUUAUGAACGAGAUCAAGCGCUUUGCAGGGAAGCCAGCUCGGUUGGACCGAUCGAAGUCAACGACCGGUCAGGCCUUGAGAGGGCUCAAGUUCAUCAGUAAGGCUGAUGGUGCAGAUGGCUGGACCGCCGUGGAGGAGAGGUUUGAAACGAUCACGAAAACUACUGAGGGAUUGCUGAUUAGGUCCAAGUUCGGUGAAUGCAUAGGGAUGAAGUCAAAGGACUUUGCCUUGGUAUUGUUUGACGCAUUAGCUAGAAGAAAGCAUAUGACAGGGGAUGUGAUUGAUAAGGAGAUGUUAAAGGAAUUCUGGGAACAAAUAAGUGAUCAAAAUUUUGAUUCCAGGCUUAUGAUAUUCUUUGACAUGAUGGAUAAAGAUGGCGAUGGUAGAUUAACCGAAGACGAAGUUAGACAGAUCAUCAAUCUUAGUUCGUCUACCAACAAUCUGUCAGCCAUCCAGAAAAGGUCAGCUGGAUAUGCAGCAAUGAUAAUGGAAGAGCUUGACCCACAUAAAACAGGAUAUAUCAUGGUAGACAACCUUAAAAUUUUGCUUAUGCAAGCAGAAACACUACCUGAAAUCACAAAUAGUGAAGAAAGAAGGCAGCCGGUUGAAAAGAUAACUAAGAAGUUUAAUGAUACGCCUUAUCCUAGCCCGUCGAGGACAAUGUACCGUCGACUGCGAUUCUUUGUUCUAGAUAGCUGGCAGAGAAUUUGGGUGAUAGCGCUAUGGCUCACUAUUACUGCCAUCCUCUUCACAUACAAAUAUAUUCAAUACAAAAAUAGAGCAGUCUAUGAAGUGUUGGGCCACUGCGUGUGCUUUGCUAAAGGUUCAGCAGAAACGUUGAAGCUGAAUAUGGCGUUGGUUCUGUUACCUGUAUGCAGAAAUACCAUCACAUGGCUUAGAAAUAAGACUAGGUUUGGUGUUUUAGUCCCUUUUGAUGACAACAUCAACUUUCAUAAGGUUAUAGCAGUGGGAAUUACGAUAGGAGUAGGCAUACACUCGAUCGCUCACUUGGCUUGCGAUUUUCCACGGCUGAUCGCAGCAACUCCAGAGGAAUACAAGCCUUUAGGAAAGUACUUUGGAGAGGAGCAACCCAAGAGAUACUCACAUUUUGUGAAGUCAACAGAAGGUAUAACAGGACUCCUAAUGGUUCUCUUGAUGGCAAUUGCUUUUACACUAGCGCUGCCUUGGUUUAGACGAGGGAAGCUAGAGAAAAAGCUUCCAAAGCCACUAAAAAAACUCGCUAGCUUCAAUGCCUUCUGGUACACUCAUCACUUGUUCAUUGUAGUCUACAUUCUCCUUAUUGUCCACGGAUACUACCUGUAUCUCACUAAAGAAUGGUACAAGAAAACGACGUGGAUGUAUUUAGCAGUGCCAAUAGCUCUAUAUGCAUGCGAGAGACUGAUACGAGCAUUCAGAUCCAGCAUCAGGAUGGUAAAAGUUGUUAACGCUGCGGUUUAUCCUGGAAACGUAUUGACUUUGAAAAUGUCAAGGCCUAAACACUUCAAAUACAAAAGCGGUCAAUACAUGUUUGUAAACUGCCCAAAAGUCUCACCAUUUGAGUGGCAUCCAUUUUCAAUAACUUCUGCACCACAUGACGGCUAUCUGAGCGUGCAUAUAAAAUCAGUAGGAGAUUGGACAAAUGCUAUUAAAGAAGUUUUCUCUGAGGUGAUGUCUAAACCACCUCCGGUUAGAGAUACGUCGCAUGGUGCAAAUAAUCCCGAUUACCCCAAAAUCAUGAUUGAUGGUCCAUAUGGCACCUCAGCACAAGACUACAAGAAGUACGAUGUGAUUCUACUGAUCGGUCUUGGGAUUGGUGCCACUCGAAUGAUCAGCAUUAUCAAGGACAUUGUCAACAAUAUGUAUGCCAUGGAAAAUGCUCAACUUCGCCAAAUGGAGAAUGGAUUGAAACACGUGCCACAAGAUAAGACAGAAAAUUUCAAGACGAAAAGAGCUUACUUCUACUGGGUAACGAGGGAGCAGGGCCCGUAUGAUUGGUUCAUGGACAUCAUGAACGAAAUCGCAGCACGGGAUGUUAACAAAAUCAUAGAACUACAUAACUAUUGCACUAAUGUAUUCGAAGAAGAUGACGGCGCCCGCUCCGCGCUCAUACGUAUGCUUCAGUCUAUAGCUUAUGCCAAGAGUGGUAAGGACAUUGUCUCUGAGACAAGGGUCAUGUCUCACUUCGCCAGACCUAACUUGGAACACGUCUAUAGAAAGGUAGCCAUGGAUCAUCCAGCUGGUACUAAUGUUGGAGUUUUCUAUUGUGGAACACCAUUAUUGGCAAAGGAGCUAAGGCGUCUCGCUUUGAAAUUUACACACAAGACGAAGAUUAGAUUCUCCUUCCACAAUGAGAACUUGUAAUUAAUGACACUGAAGGUUAUACCCACAAUGCUGAUUAAGCAUGAUGAGCAAAAAGAAAGUGUAAUAUUAUUAGUGGAGACUGGAAAGCAAGUGUGUUACGUUUGUUGUUUAAAAUUUGAAUUUGUGUGGUUGUUUUUUCUUCUUUUCUGAGUAUAAAACGUGUGUGGUGUGAUUUGGUGAAGAACGAAAUGUGUAUUUAAGAGCUUUAUUGUCUAAUUAAAAUAUCUAAUAUUUUAAACUAAAAUGUUAAACUAGUCAUCUCUAUUUAGUUUGUGUACUUUUUCUUGGACAAAUACAACCAAUAAUCUUUUUGUCAUUUGAAAAAGAGAAUAAAAACUACACAAAAAUACUAUUGCAUCUUUUUUUUUUGUCAAAAUAUGAAAUUCAAUAACAUUUUGGGUAAAAUGAAAUUCAAUAUUUAGUAAGAGGUGAUGAAUGUUUCACAACUCAUAAGUCCAGAGUAUCUUGGUAUGGAGAAUUUUCAUCUGAUUUUUAGUUUUCGGUUCUGGCUUCUUGCAGCUCAUCUUUCUGACUUUCUGGUGUGGGACCAAAGCAAGGUCCUUACGAGUUUAAGCCGGCAAUGUCAUCGUCAAGCGCCAACAACAAUGUGUUCUCUCCUUUGAAUAUAUUUCCUCAAUCUACCCUUGAUAAACCAAUUAAAGGAUCCUUCAUCUUGCAGGAGUAGGUAGAUGUUUUGCCCGCUUCCGUGUAAUCUUUCUCUGUAAUUCUCUACUGUCAUGGCAAGCAAAAUUCACUUGCGUAUCAUUAGUAAGUCUAAAUGAGACAGUCCAACAUUUGUUUAAGACCUUCAAUAUGAUUGCAGCAAAUCUUCUGUAGAGUUUUGAGCCUGCAGUAAAGUUACAUAUUACAUUGAUUACAAUAAACAGCGAAAGAACUAUGAACUGGCCCUGAAGAAGGGCAUGCUUGAAGAAACCACCUUCGGAAUGCAGGAAGAGUUAUGAUAAUCUUGUCGGCCGCUAUUGCAUUGAUGGUAUAGUUCUUAUUCAUCAGUAAAGAAUCAUCAGCAUAUGAACAAGAAUGACCUACAUGGGAACAGCUUCGAUGAGCCUGGAAAAGUAGAACUAGGUGGUAAUGAGUCCUCUCUUGGACUCUUGCUGAUUCUACAGCCAACCUUACGCAAUGCUCUUUCUACAUCCGCCUCCGCGUGUAGAUAAGCCCUUGUAGCCUUUGAAGGACCUGAGAAAAGCUCUCCGAUCCUCUUUAAGAUAUCAUAGUAGAAAGUCUUUGGUGCAAAACUCAGAAUCACUCUCUUCUCUGCUAAGGAAGCAAGGUGUGCAAUCAUCCCGUCUGCUUUGUUCUGAGGGUAAUGUAUCAGCACGUCUAGGCAUACGACUGUGUUGUACUUCCCGCUUAGGCUCUAUAAAUCAUCCACUUCAAAUCUUGGUAGAUUCUCUCCUCCUAGCUGCUGCUUUGCCUGUGCAUAUAUAUUGAAAUCAGUUAAUAAACAAUAAGAAGGAUUCACAACCGAGAAUGUAGUUCCUUAACAACUCUAUCUUGAAUCCAAAGAAUCUUAAAUUAUCUGAAUUACUAAUUUUUUUUUUAUCUGAAUCCUUCUUAUUGUUACUAGGUAAAGCACCCGUGCGAUACCGCACGGGAACUCAUUUUAUAAAAACAAUUAAAUCAUACUUUAUUAUUCUAAAGUUUACCACUAUGAAUAGUUCCAAAGAUUUAUCAUAGUUGUAAUAAUUA